AUGUCAAUCAACAUAACAAUUCGUGUAGCUAAAAGUGCUGACCAUGAUGCAGUAUUAAGCUUCAUUCGCGAGCAUUACUAUAAAGAAGAGCCAAUAACAAUUUCCCAUCCAGAACCAGGUCAUACAAUUGAUGAUGAGAUUUUCUCAAUGUCUCAUAUUGAGCAUGACACAAUCCUAAUGGCAUUCAACAGUGAUAAUAAUGAAAUUGUAGGAAUUCUAAUUGCUGGACCGAUUCAGGCAGGCGAUGCAGAAACAAUGCUAGAGGAUGCAAAAAAAUCUAGCAAAAAGUGGAGCGACAUCCUCAAAUUCCUUGCCUUUAUUGAGCAAAAAGCUGACGUUCUUGGAAAAUUUAAUCUCGACAGAGCUUUGCAUUGCCACAUAUUGACAUCCCAUCAAAAGUAUCGCGGUAAUGGAAUCGGACAAAAGCUUUUUGAGUAUUGCUUUGAGAAUGGAAGAGAUUUAAAUUACAAACUAAUGUCUGUCGAUUGCACAAGUGUCUUUACGAUAAAAAUAGCUGAAAGAUGUGGAAUGGAAUGUAUAUCCACAGUUAGGUAUGAUGAAUAUAAUGAAAUUCUUGGCGAAUGUUUGUUCCAACCGCAAGAACCGAAUGUUGAAAUUAAAACUUUUGUUAAGAAGCUUUAA